AUGAAAACUCUCGCCCUAGGCACCGUCUCCUUCUUCGUCUUCUGCCUUUUGCAAGAGCACGUCCCGCUCAGGUUGGUUUCCGGGAAAGAGGAGAUUAAAUCCACUUCCACAGGCUCUGGCCAGCCGAUGUCACCCUCUGAUUUCUUGGACAAGCUCAUGGGAAAAACAUCAGGGUAUGACGCCCGGAUUCGACCUAACUUCAAAGGCCUGCCUGUCAAUGUGACAUGCAACAUCUUCAUCAACAGCUUCGGCUCUGUCACAGAAACCACCAUGGAUUACCGGGUGAACGUCUUCUUGCGCCAGCAGUGGAACGACCCCCGCCUGGCGUACAGGGAGUACCCGGACGACUCACUGGACCUGGACCCCUCCAUGCUGGACUCCAUCUGGAAGCCAGAUUUGUUCUUUGCCAACGAGAAGGGGGCCAACUUCCACGAGGUUACCACCGACAACAAGCUGCUGCGCAUCUUCAAGAACGGCAACGUGCUGUACAGCAUCAGGCUGACGCUGAUCCUCUCCUGCCCCAUGGAUCUCAAGAACUUCCCCAUGGACAUCCAGACGUGCACCAUGCAGCUGGAGAGCUUUGGCUACACCAUGAAUGACCUGAUCUUUGAGUGGCUGGAGGAGCAAGAAGCUGUCCAAGUGGCAGAGGGCUUGACGCUCCCACAGUUUAUUCUGAGGGAUGAAAAGGAUUUGGGAUAUUGUACAAAGUAUUACAACACAGGAAAGUUCACCUGCAUCGAGGUGAAGUUCCACCUAGAGAGACAAAUGGGCUAUUACCUGAUCCAGAUGUACAUUCCCAGCCUGCUGAUUGUCAUCCUCUCCUGGGUCUCCUUUUGGAUCAAUAUGGAUGCUGCACCCGCCCGGGUAGGGCUGGGGAUCACCACAGUGCUGACCAUGACCACCCAGAGUGCGGGCUCCCGGGCCUCUCUGCCAAAGGUCUCCUACGUGAAGGCCAUUGACAUCUGGAUGGCCGUGUGCCUGCUCUUCGUCUUCGCCGCCCUGCUGGAAUACGCGGCCGUCAACUUCGUCUCCCGCCAGCACAAGGAGUUCAUGCGCCUGCGCAGGAGGCAGCGGCGCCAGAGGAUGGAGGAAGAGGUUGUCCGUGAGAGCCGCUUCUACUUCCGUGGCUAUGGCCUAGGCCACUGCAUGCAUGUGAAGGAUGGCAGUGCUGUGGAGGGUCCCAGCAUCUACAGCCCCCCUCCACCAACGCCUUUCCUGAGGGAGGGAGAGGCAAUCCUCAGGCGCUACGUCGACAGGGCCAAGCGGAUCGACACUAUCUCCCGAGCCGUCUUCCCCUUCACCUUCCUGGUGUUUAACAUCUUCUACUGGGUGAUCUACAAAGUGCUGCGGUCUGAGGACAUCCACCAGGCACCCUGAUGCAACAUGGGACAUGGCGCCAGGCAGGGAGCUGCUAUGUCUUCCCAGUCUCAUGUGCGCACUGAGGUGUGGGCUGGAACCUUCCACCAGCACCAGUCAGACACUAGUAGGUUUGCCAGGACCUUGUCUCUCUCUGACCCAGAACUUCUAGUACCAGCUGAGAAACUUGGGCAUGAUGCUGCCUGUGAGGACCUGGCUGUACUCCAUCUACCCAUACUCUAGCAUGGCGUUGGGGUUUGCUGUGCUGCUUGAGGCACUGGCCUUUAUCAUCUAGACACGCUCCAUCUCCCAGCAGGGAGUUGGGGAGUGCUGCACUGCAGCUGUCCAUAACCAGUAUGGCUUUAGAGGGUGCUAAGAUGCUGGAGCUGCUGCCCUCCAAAACAGAGACAUGUUCCAUCCCCCGAUACAUAAUCAGCAUGGUAACAUGGGAUAAUGUACUGCUGGGAGCGUAUCAUUCUAGAACGGGACACUCCAUCUUUCCAAUACCCGCACCAGCACAGAGCUGGGGGCGCUAGGCUACCGUGUGCCACAACUUGGACAGGUGCCAUCUUUCACCACCCCAGCAAAGUGACAGAGGGUAUUUGCUGCUGGAGGUGCUGUCCUCCCUAACCCAGCUAUAACC